GUAAAGGCAAAGGUAAAGGCGACAAAGGCAAAGGGAAAGUCAAAGGAAAGGGAAAGGGAAAGAAGGGCGGCGGCAAGGCGAAAGGCGGCGGCAAGGGCGGAGGAAAGAAGGGGGCAGCAAAGGUCGUAAUUGAAGCUCACCGUCACGAAGGUGCGUUCGUGUCCAAGGGAAAGGAUGACUCUCUCGUUACCCGGAACCUCGUGCCAGGGGAGUCUGUCUACGGGGAGAAACGCCUCGUAGCCGAAGCGGCGGACGGAGAAGAGAAGAUUGAGUACCGAGUGUGGAAUCCCUUCCGCUCAAAGUUGGGCGCAGGCAUCGUUGGAGGUAUUGGGGCCUGCCCUGUCAAGCCCGGUGCCAAGGUCUUGUACUUGGGUGGUGCCUCCGGCACCACGGUCUCGCAUGUCUCCGAUAUGGUUGGUCCGGAGGGCGUGGUCUAUGCCGUGGAGUUCUCGCACCGGUCAGGCCGCGAUCUAACGAAUAUGGCCAAGAGACGCCCGAAUGUUGUUCCCAUCGUUGAGGAUGCACGGCAGCCGCAGCGAUACCGAAUGUUGAUCGGCAUGGUUGACGUGAUCUUUUCUGACGUGGCACAGCCAGACCAGGCACGUAUCGUCACUCACAAUGCCGGCUUCUUCUUGAAGAACAACGGCUGGGUCAUGAUCUCCAUCAAGGCAAAUUGUGUGGACUCCACGGCUGCGCCGGAGGCCGUCUUCGCCAUGGAGAUUGAUAAGCUGCGCAAGGAUGGUGUGAAGCCGAAAGAGCAGCUUACCCUUGAGCCAUACCAUCGCGACCACGCUUUGGUUGUCGGGGUCUACCGGGCCAGCAAGAAGAAGAAGGAGUGA